AUGACGGCCGCACCGACCUCGUUCACCUCCGGGUCGACCCCCUUCCUAUCCGGGUCGCCUUACACCCCGGAACCAGGAACCUCGGAUCAAAAGCAGUUCAGACCUGAACCUACCGAGGCCGACCUCGAACAGAUGGCCAAGAAGCUGGGGAUGCCCUUGGAAGACGAUCUCAAACACAUCUACAUGAACGCCAUCAAGGGGAUCCAUCAGGCCGCCGAGUUUACGCUCAGUCAACCGGAUUAUAUCCCUCAUACCCAUCUUCCGACUUAUCCGAGGACGAACAUCCACUUUCCCGCCACGCAGGAAGAGCUCGAAUUGGGUUGGGCGUACAAGGCGACGGUGAGGAAGGAGCCUCCUACCACUCGAAGAGCCCCCUUGAUCAAGGACAAGAGGGUCACCAUCAAGGAUAUGGUCAUGCUCAAAGACGUGCCCUGCUUGUUCGGAGCCGAGGUACAGGACGAAGGAGAGUUUGUAAGCGACAUGGACGCUACGUGUGUGACGAGGAUCUUGGAUGAAGGUGGGGUCAUUCUGGGAAAGGCGAAUUGCGAGAUGAGUCUUCAGGCCCCACACGCCUGGUCCCGACAUUGGAUCUCUUGCUCGGCUCCCCGAUCCAUCAUACAGAAUCCUCAUGCGAAAGGAUUCUCGGCUGGAGGAUCUUCUUCCGGUUGCGCGGCUUUGGUAUGCAGUGACCAGGUCGACUUGGCCAUCGGCGGGGAUCAGAGCGGAAGUAUCAGGAUCCCGGCUAGUGCUUGUGGAAUUGUAGGACUGAGGCCGACUUUCGGGUUGGUACCGUCGACCGGUGUGAUCAGUCAUGAAGCCGAAAAGGAGGUCAUCGGUCCUAUGACACGCACUGUGGAGGACUGCGCCGUUCUGCUAGAAACUAUCGCCGGACCCGACUGGAUCGACCUUCGUACAUCCGAUCGACCGAUGCCGAACCCGUUGCCCAGGUACACGAAACUGCUUAAAGAAGCUCGCGAAAAGGCUCAGCGAGAGCAUCCGGAUCAGCCUCUCAAGGGCGUCAAGAUAGGGAUGUUGAAGGAAGGAUUCACCGUUCCCAAGGGUGACGAGCGGGUAUACGAGGUUGCCAAGGAUGCGAUUGAGGGGUUCAGGAAACUCGGUGCCGAAGUGAAGGAAAUCAGCUGUCCUAGUCACGUUCAGCUUUCCGGGCCGAACAGCGUGGCGACGUUGUUGAGCGGGACGGCGCCGUUCGUCGGAAGAAGCGUGGGGAGCAAGCACCUCAGGUUGGGAUCUUUCUGGAGCAAGAUCUUGCCCUGGACGCCGGAAAAGUGGGAAAAGCUCGAACCGAUGCUCAAGCUCGAGAUCAUCUCGGCCGAAUACGUCGCGCACAACUUCCCGACGGCGUUUGACAUUGCUUCCAACUUGAUCCGGAAAUUGAGCGCCGAUGUCGAUGCCAUGUUCGAAGAGGUCGACUUGGUCGUCAUGCCUACCUGCGUCAAACCACCUCCUCGCCACGUCCCUAAAGACAAGGGUAUCGAAGGGAUCAUGGAUGCCGGUAGUGCCAUGUCGGCCAACACGAACCCGUAUUCGGCUUCGGGACACCCUGCCUUGUCCCUCCCGGUCGGAUUCAGCCCCCCCAGCGACGGUGACGUCUGGACCGAGGAAGACCGUCAUAUCCGUCUUCCCGUCGGACUGCAGCUCGUCGCCGCCAAGUACAACGAGAUGGAGAUCUUUAUCGCGGGUGACGCCUGGGAGCGAGCGUACGGCAAGGGUAACAAGGACAAGUUCGGUUUGGAUCGUGUCGGCAAGCCUCAGGGAGAAAAGGAGAAGCAUGACGAGGACAAGUGA